AUGAGUCAACUAGCGUCCUUGCAGCAGCAACAGCGGCUGCGUCACCGGCAACAUCAACCUACCGAGCCCUGCGAGUGUUUACGUCCUGUGAUAAGAGUUUUUGGUCUGCUGACUUCGUUCGUUAUUUGCGGCGUCGGCGUCGAUGUCUACAUGCACGGCUACCAGGCAGGACUUUAUAUAUUGAUUUCUGCCUUGUCUGUGCUCUUCAUCGAGAUAAAGUGGCUCAUAACCAUAUUUAUACGUACACUUUGUGGCGACGAUAAUUACCAUGCUGUGUCCUGCUGCCUUCGAUGUUGGCGCAGCACAUCGCUCUUGGGGGGCUGGAGGCCUGCACCGUUUUACAUUGCCGUGGGCGUGGCACUCGUUGUCUGGCCCCACAAUCUCUGGCUGAGCUAUGUGGCUGGAAUGCUGUUGCUGCUGCUCGCCAUGCUGCGUCUGUGUGGAUUGCUGCGGUUCAGCAGAGGAGUGGCGAAGGUCGAGGGCUUGCUGACACAAUGCGAUUUUGAGAAAGUGUCCGGCUAUGGGGAGGAGGACUUUGCCGAGGUCAGUGCCCACAUGGAGGACGAGGAGCCCAUUGACGAUGAUGUUUGCUAAUAGUGGAC